ACUUUCGCUGUCUGCGUUUGGUGUUUGGUUUGCUGUUGUUUUGACCGCGGAGCCAUAUUGCAUCUCUUAAUUAAUUAAUCUGUUCGCCGUGUAACCCAAUCAACACUUCUGGGAUAUUUUGACACUUCUUCCGGACAUAUCGUAAGGCCAUGAACAGCUACCAGAUCAGAGGACCAGGCGGUCCCCCGGGGCGGUCCCAGUACCACCAGAGGCACCAGUACGAGCAUCGGUUCCCGGAGCACCCCAGUACCAGGCCACGUUGUGCCAGCCCUCCCCACGGCCAGUACCGGCAGGCGACACCACCACGAGGCAACCACAACAAUCACCAGAGGGACUACUACUGUACGAACCGAAGGCGAAGAUCAAAGUCGGCCGAGCGCGGCCAUCCCGAAAGCCACCGGCCAAGGACUUCGUCCUUUGGUGAAAACGUCCGGACCUCAGAGCGCCGCGACUAUGUUCGCUCCUCACCAGUUCCAAGGAGCCGUUCGCGCCACGCCGACAGAGCCCGGCCACCAGCCAUGCCGUACGGGCGUGGGAGGUCAAGGUCGCGCUCAAGGUCACGGCCCUGCUCGCCCAAGCAAGUGGUCCCGGGAGGAGGUUGCAUGGCUUUCCCUCAGGAGUUCAUGCCUGAGCCAAAGAAGUACUCCCCGCCGCCCAAGUCUCCGCUCUUUGUGCCCGUGCGGGAGCUGCCGUUUGAACAAGCCCCACCCAGGUUCCCUUCCCCGCAAGUGCAGUACCGCGAGAUCCCCGAGGAGCGUGACAUAGAGCGGCGCAUCCUGGACCCGACCCAGAUCCGGGUGGUGCGGCGGGAGGGGGAGGGCGUCCGGCCGCUCUUCGACCGCCAGGAGAUUGUGGCGGCCCCCGUGGACCUCCGCGAGGACUGCCUGCGCAGGGUGGUGGCCGUGGUGCGGCCCCGCUGGGCGCCACCCUCGCCACCCCCGCCGGCGACGCGCCAGUCCCGGACCGGCCCCGGCAGCCCGCCCUGCUGCAGGGGACGGUCGCCCAGCUUCGAGCCAGACGUCAGCUGCGAGCGGUUUGAAGAACAAGAGAGCCAUGGACGCUAUCGUUCCAGCACUCAUGCAGAGCCUAGGUAUGGCAACGCAAGUCGGAGGCCAGGCUACUGGCCGGAUGCACACAGAGCUCAAGAACCUUGGCGGGGAGAGCGACGAGAGAACGGACGCGGAAAAUCGCCGCCGCCACCGCCGAGAGCCCGACGGUCUCCGGCACGCUGGGAACACGACAUGUACCACGCUUGAAAAGAAGGAAAAGCUUGUCACGUGAUCACGUCGUGCAACGUGCCAGUGCAGCAAUGUUCCCUCUCCACCUCAGCGGUGCACUUCAGGAUUGAGCACUUUUUCGGACACUUUGUCGUCACACUGGCUUUAGCGUCGAAUCUCGAGUCACGGGCGUUUUUUUGCUUCUACUCGUUUUUGCGAGCAUAUCGUGUGUACAAAUAUCCAGUGUGCUUUUGUGCUACGCCGACGUUUGGUUCAAGGGGGGGGGGGAGGAGGGAGGAGGGAGGAGGGAGGAGGGAGGGAGGGAGGGAGGGGAGGCAAGGCAAGGGAGGAGGAGAGGAGGAGGAGGGGUGAAGGGAGACAUACCCAGAUGCUCAGGUUUGAAUCUACAAGGAGCGUUUUUUUUCUCUUGCCUCACUUUCAGUGCGAGCUUGCCGCAUAUGGCCGUUGCGAGCUCUUGAGGAGGGUAACACCUCGCACGUGGGUACUAUCGUGAACGAUACGAGCUUGGACGCCCCACCAAGCUCCUUGGGCUGGAACUUGAAGUUUGGGUUCUACGCUGAACUUAGAGAUGACUGGGAUUGUGGGGGCCACAGUCGUAAUAAAGGCAGGGUUGAGUGUUGCUCCUAUCGUGCGUGGGUGUACCCGUGUAGAGUUAGCAAACUUGGUAGAAGUGCAAACACACUGGCAGCUUACUGAGCUGCUAGGCUCUCUUUAGCCACAUCCUGUCAAUUCACUUUAAUUUGAGGCAGCAAACUUAAGCUAAACAGUGCUUUGGGAAGAGGUGCUGUCAUUUGCAAUCUACCUAUGGGUCUGCCCAUUUCAUGAUAAGAAGCUGAUGAAAUUCCUUGAAUACUGCAUCUUGUUUUUUGUAAAAAUGUCUUUUUUUUACCAACUUGCCGACUUUGUGCAUGAGUGACAUGCCCAAACUUGUUCGUUAAGAGAAAACAUUGUGACCCUGUCGUUCACUAUAUACUUGACAAGGAACAAAUUUAAAGCCAAGUCAUAUCCCACUUCCAAAAGGCUACAUGGUCUGCGCAGUGUCUAGAAUGCUUUUGCGAGCUAUUUUCAUUUUGGGAAUCUCGUCAGUCUCUUUCUAAAUGACCAUUCUAGGGUAAAAAGAAACAAAAUGGGGAAGGACUGGUAUAGAUACAAAAGGAAAUGGAUGUCGGUUCCUAAAAGACUUACAGCGUGAUGCCUUGAACGACAGUCAACAAACUUGCAAGCAUAUUGGCUUACAAGUUUGUCAUUCUCUCUGUACCCUACCAAACGCUUGUUAGCAGCUUGCUAAAUGGGCCGACGGCAUCCACAGAGCAUUCAUCGGCAACAUUUCACUGCAGGUUUUGUCGACCUAAUGUACCCUUUUCAAGUCCCCACGAAGCAACGUGGGCAGUCGCCAUUUUUCGGGCACGAAGCAUGUGAAUGGAUGGGAGUCCUUGCCGAACGCCGAUGCAGCACUCGUCUUCGAUACGAGCUGGGCCAAGUUCACGCCAAACGCUGACUUGGCCCUCGUGUGUCUACUGCGUGCUCAGAAUACGUGCCCAAGCAGCGGCCAACUCGGAUAGUAUGCGCCGCAGCUCCCAGUCGGCGCACACUUUUGGAAAGUGGUCUAGAACUUCACCCGUGGGAAUGUGUAAUAUAAGCCAUGUUGUCACUGACUGUCAUUAUUAGCCAAGGACGAAAGCAUGGUGGCAAAGCAUUUAUUGUUGUACUGUAGAGUGUCGAGAUAGCUGCCACUGUACCGGCACAUUGCGUUUUCAGAGCCAUUUCACCGCAAGGAAUGGGAGUCUUGCUUUUUGUGAAUGCCCUGGUCAUCUUGAUUGCACAUAAAAUAUGCCUCCAGAGUUGCACAAA